AUGACACCAACCAAGAAAGUUGCAGCACCAGUUGUUCUUGCCCCGAGAUCAAAGAGGACAAUAGUACCUCCCGACAGAUUGGCAUCAACAGUAGUGCCUAAGGCAUACGAGAAGCAUCCAAAACCAAAGAAAACCAAGGCAACUACUACCAAGAAGGUUAAGAAGACUCCUUCAAAGACAAAGAAGCCAAAGGUUGCCAAGGCAAAGAAGACUGUAACAAAGAAGGUGAAGGCCACCAAAUAA